AUGAUCUACCCAGGAAGUCCUUUGCCUCCCAUACCACAAGGUCCCCAGCCCAAAGUCAUGAAACUUCUCUAUCCCAACUCUAUUAAGCUCAAUGUGAAGAGUCUUGAAGGAUUUGGUGUCUCUCUACAUAGCUAUGACGUUUUCAAACCUGUCCCCGAAGACCUCGUCGAUGCUGAAAUUCUGGUUACGUGGGUGAACAAAAACCUUCCUGAUGCUGCCAAACGAAUGCACAAUCUUCGCUGGGUUCAGUCACUUUGGGCUGGUCCUAACGAUGAGCUCUCAGCGGGCUUCGCCCCUAACGUUAUCAUGACCGCCGGUACCAAUUUACAUGAUGAGACCGUCGCUGAACAUGCACUCGCACUCUUACUGAGUGCAGCGCGGCGACUUUACGAAAUGCGAGACUACCAAAUUCAAUUGAAAUGGCCAGGACACCUAGGGGGCCCACUUCCAGAUCGACCCAAGGGCUCGUUUACUUCAUUGAAAGGUGCUAAUGUCCUUAUCUGGGGCAUGGGCAACAUUGGGCGUAAGAUCGCGCCUCACUUAAUAGGACUGGGUGCGAACGUCCGAGGCGUUGGUCUUUACGAAGAAAUUAUCGAUGGGAUUCAAGUGCAAACAAACUCAGCGCUACCAAAGUUACUGCCAGAGACGGACGCUGUGAUAAUUAUUCUACCUGGGUCUAAAGCUACCUUCAAGGUACUGAAUGCUGAGAGGCUUGCACUACUUCCACGACAUGCUUGGGUGAUCAAUGUUGGACGAGGAGUAUGUGUGGACGAGGAGGCACUUGCUGAUGCACUGGAGAAGGGCGACAUUGGCGGUGCAGCGUUAGAUGUCUUUCACACCGAGCCACUUCCUACAACUUCUCGGUUGUGGAAAGCACCUAAUCUCAUUCUAUCGCCUCAUGCCGCUGGCGGCAGGCCCCGAUACUCAGAGGCACUUAUUGCAGAGAACCUGCGUCGCUUUCUAGCAGGACAGCCUCUCAAGAAUGAUGUAUCCAGUGGGGGCAUGUACUCGACCUCUCCGACCGCAGGGAAAACUCCCGUCAAGGCUUCCUUGUAA